CGGGAAUAACCGAGGGAGUGGGACAGGCUGUUUGAUCAGUGCGACUGCGGACGCGCAGCGGAGUAGUAAAUAAGGCGUACUGGCUUCACAUGGGGAACAGGCGAAAGGUGCGCCUUGUUACAGCUGAUUUCUUGCUUUUGACAAGCGGAUGUUGUACUACGCAUAGGUGAAAGUCGCUCUGUGAACACCUGGUGAAGCAGUACUUAUCUCCUUCGUCCUUUCACAAUGGGGAAUGGAUUUUCCGACCGGCCCGCUAUUUUCCCGAAGCUGCCAACCUUCCAGGCGCUCCACAUCGUGAUCCUUGGGCUGGACUGCGCUGGAAAGACAACAGUCCUGUACAGGCUGCGCUUCAAUGAGUUUGUGAACACGGUGCCCACCAAGGGAUUUAACACGGAAAAGAUCAAGGUGUCAGUGGGCAGCUCCCGAGCCGCGGCGUUCCACUUCUGGGAUGUAGGCGGGCAGGAGAAGCUGCGGCCGCUGUGGCGAUCCUACACGCGCUGCGCGGACGGCAUCGUCUUCGUGGUGGACUCUGUGGACGUGGAGCGUAUGGAGGAGGCCAAGACGGAGCUGCACAAGAUCACACGGGCGGCGGAGAACCAAGGCGUCCCCGUGCUGGUAGUGGCAAACAAACAGGACCUACGCAGCGCGCUGCCGCUCCCCGAGGUGGCGAAGCUGCUGGCACUGAGCGAGCUGGGCACCGCCACGCCUUGGCACCUGCAGCCUGCAUGUGCCAUCAUUGGAGAUGGUCUCAGCGAGGGCCUAGAGAAGCUGCACGACAUGAUAGUCAAGCGCAGGAAAUCACUGCGGCUGCAGAAGAGGAAGAGAUGAGUGCAUCUCCGGGACCGUGUGCUGGGGGCGGCGCCAACCCCUACCGCUCCUUUCCGGAUCUCGUUGUCCGGCGCUGGGCCUUAGCGGUGCCGUUCUGGUUAUGGCUGAGUUUUAUCAGUCCAAGUUAAACUUGAGUCCUUGUCGAGGCAAAACCACAGGCCUGUAUGAACUCGACACGGUGCCGUUCGAACUGUAUGGUGCCACACUGACGUGGGAUCAGUGACACGGCUCACCUUUUGAAAGGAGGACGGGGUUCUGCCAUAUGAUAAAUGUGGCGAGUAGCGUUUACACAUUUCUCCAAGAACAAACACUGUACUUGAGGUGUCACAUGAUGGAAGGGGUGCAUGAAUAUAAAUUCAUAGUUUUUUUUAUUAAAAAAGAAAAAGAAACCCUAAAGUAUUAAAGCAGUAUUCUACCGAAGAUGAUGGUGUAUAGACAGUGUGGAGUUCUGCAGGAUAUGUGGUGAUGUGUUUUUAGAAAUUCCCAGAAUGCCCUUUAGGGAUCAGUUUGUUAAACGGUUGGGCCUUUGGGGUGGAUUAUUGAAGAGGUUCCACACUCCUGUAGAACGAAGCAAGUCUUCCUUGGUUUUUGUUGCACAGUGGGGUU